UAAUACUGGUCAUCAAAUCAAAGCACUUACUGUUUGUUCUGUCUAUAUAUACUAACUAAGAAAAGGCUUUUCACCCUCCUGAAACAGAGACAGCAACAAUGGCUACUAUCCUCAGGUUCCUCCUCUUUGCUGCACUCCUACUCCAUAUCUCUGCAGCAGGGGAGAGCCAGGGAUGCGAUCUGUCGAGCAUUCAGGUGCAGCAGAACAACACAGGGGCGAAGGUGGGCUACGACCCGGUGUUCGAGGUGGAGGUGAAGAACCAGUGCCGGUGCACCGUCACCGACGUGUUCCUACGCUCCGAGGGCUUCGCCAGCUCGAUGAUGGUCGACCCCAAGCUGUUCCGGCGGGAGGGCGUCGGCUACCUGGUGAACGACGGCAAGGGCAUCCCCAGCUCUGUCUCCGUCAAGUUCCGGUACGCCUGGGACAGAGCCUUCAAGAUGUCUACUGCAAGCCUGCAAGUGAAAUGCUGGGGAAUAGCUUGAAUCGAUAUGUGGAGGUGAAUUUGCUCGGCAUGGAAUAAAAAGGCUGUGCUAGAUA